UUUUGUGUCAAAUGCCGAAAACGCCAGAUGAGCAACUAAACGCCCGAUGACUGGAAUAUUUCCCCGGACUGCUAAAACAGACAGGGCUGUUUGUGGGAACAAAAACAAACGGAGCUAACGGUCGUAACGUGUUACCAUGUUAGCAGCAGCAGCAGCAGCAGGACGGCAGGUGCAUCGUCUGAGACAUUAGCCUCAUCUUGUGUGAGCUUCUGAAGCUCUGGGUAAAUCAGUGUUUCAUCUUUUUACGAAGACAACAUAACGUCGCAAGUGCCCGCAUUGUCAACCUCACCCCUCUGACUUCACAGUCUAAAAACUGGCAUGGCCUCGGCCCAGUCAGAACAGUCAAGCGUCCUGCAAGAGGAGCUCACCUGCCCGGUGUGCCUGGACCUGUACCGUGACCCUUACUUGCUUCCCUGUGGCCACAACUUCUGCAAGACCUGCCUGGACCGCCUAAAGCGGCAAGCUGAUAGAGGUCGCUUUCGCUGCCCAGAGUGCCGCGACAGCCACCGGUGUGGCAUCAACUUUCAGAAAAACUUCAAACUAGCCAAUAUUUCUGAUGACUACCGUCACCGGCGCAGAGCUACCACUGCAGCAGCUACAGCUUUAAAAUCCAGAGAACUGCUGUCGUGUUCUCUAGCAGCGCAGCCAGCCAGGAGUGUGUUUGCAGUUCCGUGUGACUACUGCCCCUCAGUCGCUGCCGAGGCGUCGGGCUCCAGUUCUGCUGGGGACGGGUCCUCCGCUGCCUCCGUUUCUCAGGAAGAGGGUGGCAAGCAGGAAGCUGCUGGUGCUGCCGCUGCUGCGUCGAUGUUCGCGGUCAAGACGUGCCUGAAGUGUGAGGUGUCGAUGUGCCAGGAGCAUGUAAAGCCACAUCUGGAGCUUCCGGCGUUCCGCGAGCACCCGCUGACAGAACCCAUGAAUGACUUCUGGAAGAGGAAGUGCCCAGAUCAUGAUGAGAUAUACCGGUAUUACUGCAUGGAUGACAAGGUGUGCGUGUGCAACGCCUGCACCAUAGAAGGUGGACACUCUGGACACACAAUCAAGACCCUGAAAAACACGAUGAAAGAUCUCAAGGUCAGUGGUCCUUCUUCGCAUGUCAUCUCUAUGAGUAUCACUUUGUUGGAGAGAAGAAGACCAGGGAUGAAGCCCAGAAGUAUUGCAGAGAGAAAUAUAUUGACCUGGCCACAGUGUCUAACAUGGCAGACAUGAAGAGACUCAUGACACUACAG